GAGAGGGAGAGAGGGGGAUAGAGAGAGUGUGUGAGGGAGAAAGAAAAAUAAUCUUUUCAAAUCUCCUCCCUCUUUUUUUUCCCCCCUCGUUUCUUUGCUUUUCUCUAAAGCUCUGUGGUCUGUGAAACACUCUUUCUUCCUCCUCGUCGGGAAAAUGGAGACACUUCGUCUCUCUCCUAGCUGCGGAGCUGGGAAGGAUUUUUCUUUUCUUUUUUCCUUUUUCACUCCUGGCUUGAUUUUUUCCUUUCCCCCGUCCACUCGCCGCCACCCUAAUCUUGUCGUUUCUUUGAGCCGCCGGUGUCUCAGAUUUGUGCCUUCUGGGGAUUUAUUUUUCACUCGUUUCCUCGUUUUCGGUGUCGCCACUCGAUUUGAUUCGAUUUGUUCGGUUCUUUUAUUUGCGAUUUCCUCUGAAUGGCUCCGUGCCUCCCGCUCUCACCCGAGGAAUGGAAGCCGUGCUGCUUUUUGUGGGUGCGCGACAGGCUCGGGCGUUGUCAUGGAUGAUGACGAUGAUGAAUCCUGUCUCCUUGAUCUUAUUGGGGACCCACAGGCGCUGAAUUAUUUUCUACAUGGACCUAGUAGUAAAUCUAGCAAUGAAGACUUGACUAAUGCAGAAUAUUCUGUAGCCAACUCAAAUUCAAUUUUCGCCAACUCCAAUAACACUGAUCCUAAGUCGUCUGUAAAAGGUGUGAGCGGUCAGCUUGGAGAGGGGCCUAGUGAUGGACUGCAGCUGUCCAGUAGCCUUCAGUUUCUUGAAGAUGAACUUGUAUCUUCUCCUUUACCUGAUCUUACUGAGGAUCAGCCUUUUGAUAUUCUUCAGAAGUCCUUGCAGGAGGCCAAUAUUACUGAACAGACUUUGGCAGAAGAGGCAUAUUUGGAUGCCAGUGUAGGUUCUAGCCAACAGUUUGCACAAGCUCAGCUUCAUCCUUCUUCAUCAGCAUCCUUUACUCAGGCUUCUAAUGUUUCUAAUUACUCAGGUCAGACGUUGCAACCUAUAGGAGUUACUCAAGUGGUACAGCAACCUGUUGGAGCAUCUUUUGCAAGCAAUACAGUCGGUGUGCAACAUGGCUUUAUGCAACAUGUCGGAAUUAGUGUUCCCAGCCAGCAUUUGUCUAAUAGCAGCCAGAUUAGUGGUUCUGGGCAGAUACAGCUAAUUGGUUCAUUUAGUAAUCAACCUUCCAUGAUGACCAUUAAUAACCUUGAUGGAUCUCAGAUUAUCCUGAAAGGCAAUGGUCAACAAACACCUGCAAACAUGAGUAGUGGCCUCUUGGUUCAUAGACAAACUCCAAAUGGUAACUCACUGUUUGGUAACUCAAAUUCAAGUCCAGUAGCACAACCUGUAACCGUUCCAUUUAACAGCACAAAUUUUCAGACGUCAUUGCCUGUCCAUAAUAUCAUCAUUCAAAGGGGUUUGGCACCAAACUCUAACAAAGUUCCCAUUAAUAUCCAACCAAAGCCUAUCCAGAUGGGUCAGCAGACCGGUUACAAUGUGAAUAACUUGGGAAUACAGCAACAUCAUGUACAGCAAGGGAUUCCGUUUGCCUCUGCCAGCUCACCUCAGAGUUCAGUAGUUGGUCCUCAUAUGUCUGUUAAUAUUGUUAAUCAACAAAAUACAAGAAAAUCAGUUACACCUCAGACAGUUAGCAACGCUGGAGGUAGUAUUGUUAUCCAUUCUCCUAUGGGACAGCCUCAUGCACCUCAAAACCAGUUUCUCAUACCUACAAGUUUGUCUGUUAAUUCUAAUUCAGUUCAUCAUGUCCAGGCCAUAAAUGGACAACUUCUUCAGACUCAGCCUUCCCAGCUGGUUCCUAGCCAAGUGUCUGCUGAGCACGUAAUGCUCAACAGGAACUCUACAAACAUGCUAAGAGCCAACCAGUCGUAUUCAGGACAGAUGCUGAAUAAUCAGAACACAGCUGUUCAGCUUGUUUCUGGCCAGACAUUCACAGCUCCUGGAAACCAAGUUAUAGUAAAUCAUGGAACUUCACAGAUUGUUGGUGGACAGGUGCCACUGCAGCAGGCGUCACCAACAGUGUUGCAUUUGUCACCCAGUCAAGCGAAUGUUUCUCAAGGUAGAUCGAGUUUUACUACGUUGUCACCUGGGCAGUCUACAGUCUCAAAUAUGUCAGCUUCUAAUCGAUUUGCUGUUGCAAGUUCUUCUGGUUCAGUACAUCCUAGCUUGGGACCAUCAGUUCAGUCUGUUGCAUCUGGAGGAAACUUCACUGGAGAUCAGCUCACACAGAACAGAACUCAAGCUUCUGUCAGUGCAUCGCAUCGUCUUCCAGCAUCCUCUUCCAAAUCUGUCAGCACCUUUAGUCACACGUCAAUUGGAGUAACACAACAACAGUUUGCCUUUGGUCAGAAAAAAGCUAUGAGCCAGACAUCACCAGUUUCUGCAUCGAAGACACAGGAUAAUUUGAGGCAGCCUCAGCUAACGAGUCUUCUGAGCAACACACUAUCAGGACAGGACUCUGGAGGAAAAAUCAUACAGCAGUCUCUAGGAACCGCACAGCCACAAGAAAAAGUAAUAGUGUCAUCAUCAGUUCAACAGAGUAUACAGGUGGAUGGUCAUUUAGUUGGACAGAAAAGACCUGCUGCUAAACAGUUAACUAAAGGAGCUUUUAUUCUGCAGCAAUUACAGAAGGAUCAAAUGCAUGCUGUGACACCAGAUAAAAGUCGGUUCAGAUCAUUUAAUGAUGCAGUUCAGAGACUCCUUUCGUACCAUGUGUGCCAGGGAUCACUGCCAACAGAGGAAGACUUAAGAAAAGUGGACAGUGAAUUUGAAUCUGUAGCUACACAGCUUCUGAAGAGGACACAGGCUAUGCUGAACAAAUACAGAUGUUUGCUUAUAGAAGAUGCAAUGCGGAUAAAUCCCUCUGCAGAAAUGGUUAUGAUUGAUAGGAUGUUUAACCAGGAAGAAAGGGCAUCUCUGACCCGGGAUAAGCGUCUUGCACUAGUGGAUCCUGAUGGUUAUCAGGCCGAUUUUUGUUGUUCUGCCAAACAAUUUGAUAAAACAGCUGAAGAAGCACAGUCCAGCAAAACUGACCAUCAGUCUAGCAAAACAUUACCUUCUCGAAGUCAGACUACCAAAACCCAAGCCAGAGACCGACCAAAAUCCAGCUCAGCAGAGUCCACAAAUCACAGUAAACCUCCUCUAGUGCCUAACAACAUUCUGACAUCACAAGAAGGAAUUGCUUCUACUAAAAAAUCGGAGAGCCUCGCUAAAGCUUUAAAGUUUGAAAAAGCUAAUUGUUCUUCUGAGAGCCAAUACGUGUCCCUUUCUGAAGAAAAGAAGGCUGGGAAAGACCUUGCCAAGUCCACGGAGAAUUCUUCGAGUUCUGAAGACUUGUCAAAAACUGUGUCAAGAGGUGGUCAUGGAACACACAAUAAAAUAUCAAGGAACACAGUUCAAUCUUUCUCAAAGGUAACGUGUAAUAAUUCCCUCCAAGACAAAACUCUGAGGAGCUCUCCAAAGAAUGAGGUUUUACAUCCUGAUAACAGGAAAGGCUCUGGUGAACCCCAGCAAGACUUACUGCUCAGUAAGAGUUUAGAAACUACGUUUAAAAACAUCUUGGAACUUAAAAAAGCUGGGAGACAGCCACAAAACGAGGCGACAAGUAGUGGCUCAGUUGAGUUAGAGUUUCCUAAUUUUUCACCUAUUGCUUCACAGGAAAACUGCCUGGAAAAAUUUAUUCCAGACCACAGUGAAGGUGUUGUAGAAACUGACUCUAUUUUAGAAGCAGCUGUAAAUAGUAUCUUAGAGUGUUAAUAGUUGCAGUACCAUGGACAAGUUAUGUUUCUCUUAGCAGAAGCAAAUGUGAAUGACACCACAAGUACAGCCUGACAUGCAUUUAAGGUUAACCUUUCUAAACUAGAUUCUGUUCUGUGUUUGAGAGCAAUACUCAUUGUGGUUACAGUGAGAUACCCAAGUAAAGUUAAUCCUUGUUAGAAUGCAGUCUGUUAGGGCCUUACUAUUUCAAGUAUUACUAUGAUAGUGCUUUUGAUAAUUGUGCAGUACUGCAACAUAACAAGGUUGCAGGUCGUUAGGCCCUAUGUAAUACGGUAAUAUACUGACAAUCACAGUCAUUUGAAAGGAUAUAUUUAUUAAGAAAAUGUUUUUAAAAAGUGAUGGAAGCAACAAUUCUCCCCUACCCUUCUCUUCCACAAAUCAUUAAAUCUUUAGUUUUUCUGGAAAACCCACUGUACCUCUAUUCAGAAGUGAUUAGUUGCUUUGUUAAUGAAUCUGUGUUCUAGGAUUCUUAAGUUGGAAGGAUAUCAUCAGUGUGUUUACAAGGCUUCAUAAUUUAAACUUAAAGUGCUUUUCUAUUGCUUUCUGAGCAGAAACUAGUACUUGAUGAUAUAUUUGUAGUGGGUAACUUUAGUCUGUGGGAUGAUAUUAUAUGAUCUUAGUCACAGUGGCAUGAUAUGAAGUAAUAAAUGCUUGACUAAGGAAGGUAGAAUGGAAGCCAGUAAAUGGCAAAGUGUACAGGAUGAGGCCAUGAUAGAGCCAUGAAUUUAUAUAUAUAAUACAUAUAUGUUAACUCUUGAGGAAAAGAUUUUGCAUUUUAUAAUUGGAUGUAGUCAGCCUUGAGUCUUUCUGAAGUGGUAUAAAUGUUUUUUUUCUAUUUGUUGUUUGUUUUUUUUAGACCAAGUGUCAAAAGCACUUUUAUUUGAAAACUGUUACGAUAUUUGUAGCUUAUAUUUUAAGAAGACAUUAGCCUUACUCUGAUUAAAUUUAAAGGCCAGUGUUUAUUUUUGAUUUUUUGCUUUUUGCUGUCAGAGAAUGUUAAAUCAUCCACCGUAGCAGUCAUAAUUAUCAAGAUAUGUACAGACCAAAGUCAAUCAUCAGUCCCAUUGUUUAAACAUAUCGAAAAGUGUGUAAUUAUUAAUUCAUAUUGUAGAGCCAAGUGAAACCAUUGCAUGGUUUGUAUUUGGCUUGCUGUCAUGUUGUUAAGAUAGAAUCUUAUUAUUUUAUUUAUUUAUUUUAAUCUAUGACAUCUUUUUUUUUUUUUUUUUUUUUUUGCUGCCCAUGCUGCUUUUUCUUAGUUUACUUUGGUCAUGAGUGCUUUUAUGCACAUAAGUACGCUGACAUUCGUCACGUUCGUGUAGUACAUAUGUCUGCUCAGGAGGAUAUAGCUUUUGUGGUUUCUAAUGUAUGCUCUUGUUCUCCCCCAGACCUUCUCCACAGUUUCUUAGAAAAAUUAUCAGCCAUUUUCCAGACUUGCUGAUUACAGUUUUCAUAAUAGAGAGGCUCAUCGUGACAGGCUGUGGUUGUCUGUCAGAUUGCCAGGAAAGAAAACAGAAGGUUUUGCUGUCAUGUAAUUCAGUCCAUCUGUGUAGUGCAAAAGAAAGCAGAAUUAGAUCCUUGUGACAGUAGAAGAUUACAGUGCAGCUCAGUGUUGAGCUACAGUCCACUGUCUGACCACUAAAGGAAAUCAAAUCUAGAAAGCAAUGUGAGAAAGAUGAACUUCCUUAAAAUUCAUUUCCCCUUCAACAUGAGUGGAAAUACUGGUUUUGUAUGUUACUAAUUGCCAUUUUAAAAAAAAUGUGCCAAUUUUAAAGUUCAUGUUUGUAAAAACCCAUCAUUCCCAAGUGUUGUAUAAAAUAUUCAAGAUAAUAAUAAGUAUUGCCAGUUUUAAAUUUUUAGUUAAGUGUCCAUAGAAUAGACUCUCAGGCGGUUAGUUGUUUUCUUAUUGGCAAAACUGACAAUAUAGUCUUCACCUAUUGCCUUCUUAGAUUUAAUAAUAUGCUCAUGGCCGUGUAUUCUGAUGUGUACUUUAUUUUAUCAUUUUGGAAAUUUAACCAUUCUAAACUGUCUAGGAAGGACAACAGUAAGUUACACAGCUGUAUGUUAGCUAGUUACGUUUUUCAUUUAUAGGGAAAAAAAAGUAAAGUUGCACAUUCAUUGAUCCACUUGCUUUUUGUACCACCUCAAAAAGCCUAUGGGAUUUCCAGCCUCUCUACAACAAAUACAUAACUGAAGUACCAGGCGAUGUGUCUUCUAUUGGAUCUCAUUUGGGGAUGGGGGACAAUGGUAUAUAAAAAAUGACAAAUUACAAAAAGUAAUCAUGGCUGAUUUGGUCAGACACAUUUCUCUGAACUACUUACGAGAGGAACCCUUCGGUCCCAGCAAGAUUAAUCUUAGAUUGUUAAUGUUCUGUUGUUCACUCCUUUGAAUUCAAUUAUAAAGGAAUUCUGGUACGUGGUGAAGCAGUAAAUGAAAAAAUGGUAUUUUUGUUGUGCUUAAGAAAAAGGUAUGAAUUUAUUAAUCAUAUGGGCUCAAGUCCAGCAAAGUAUUGUGAAUGUGCAUGACUUGAAACAUGUUUUCAUUAUUUUGCUGGAUCAGCAUUGUGAUUUCAAUGUUAUUUAAUACUGCCUAAUAUUAAAACAAAUUUUAAACUGGCAAUUAAGAAAACUAUGUUUGUUUUGAAGAUUUUAGUAUAAUUUAUCUGUUAGAUUAGGGAGGCCUUACAGACUGACUUCACUUAAAGAGGAUGUGUCACUUAUUGUCAGUGUGGUAUGGACUUUAUUUGCUUAAAUACCUUCAUUUGUAAAGUAUGUCUCACUUGAAAUUGCUUUGUAUACAUUUUGUAAAAAUAUUUAUAAAAUGUUUUGUAAAAAAAAAAGUAUAACAAAUUGCAGUUUAUUUUGUUAUGUUGGAUAAAUACUGUUAAAAGACACAAGUCAGUAAAUAUAUUGUUAAUCCAUGGAUAGGAAAUGUUUAGUUGGAGAUUACAAAUUGAAACAACCAUUGCAAUACAGCCAAAGAUUUGGGAAAAAAUGUCUAUCUGUGAUUGUCUUGAUUUAACCAAGUUGAGUAUUUCACAUUUCCAAAAGAGGAUUGUUCUUAGUUUUAAGUAAUAUGGUUGCAAAAUAUUCUUACUCCUGCGCUUCUUAUAAUGCAGACCUGUUAUAAAAAGAGUAUUCCAUACUCUUUAUUAUUUUUUUUUUGAACAUACGCUAUUAGGACUUGGUUUGUGUGGCAUUACACCUACAUAUAGUAGUCGGUCUCCAAAUAACAAGAUUGCCAGUGGUCCUGCUCUGUUGUCAUUAGAAACCUUGCCGUGGUGAGGUUGCUGAGACAUGCUCUCCUUCACCAGCAUGUUUUCUCAAGGUAGAGGCAGCAUCUUCCUGAUACGUCAGGGAGAUAGAAGAAAAGAGAUGGAUUUGGUUACUCAGCUGGCCGCCUCAUCCAUGCUGCAGGUUUCUGAGUUACACCAGUUGUAUUUGGUUAUGGAUAACCUGUCUCUGCAGUGUUUCCCAUUCCUUCCUUUUGGCUGUGAGAAGAUAGUGCAAUUGCUGGUGAUGUAAUGCUUCUUCCUACUUU